CGCCGGAGAUGGAAGUUGUUGAGAAUCGGAAAAUUUUGCCAGAGAAAAAACGUGGAGGCUGGAGAGCCAUUACGUUCAUCCUAGGAAAUGAGACGUUGGAGAAGUUAGGAUCGAUGGGAGUAUCAGCAAAUUUUAUGUUGUAUUUGAGGAAUGUCUUUCACAUGGAGCCAGUAGAAGCCUCCAAUGUCUACUACUUGUGGAUGGGUCUCACUAACUUUGCUCCACUCCUCGGCGCAUUGAUCUCUGACGCUUACAUUGGCCGCUUCAAGACCAUCGCUUACGCAUCCUUCUUCUCCAUUCUCGGACUAAUGACGGUCACACUCACAGCCUGCCUGCCUCAACUCCAUCCACCACCGUGCAACAACCCUCGUCCAGACGAAUGCGACGAUCCGAACAAGCUCCAGCUUGGGAUUCUGUUCCUUGGUCUCGGCUUUCUCUCCAUCGGUAGCGGCGGGAUACGGCCUUGCAGCAUCCCUUUCGGAGUUGACCAGUUUGACCAACGAACAGAGCAAGGCCUUAAAGGAAUGGCUAGUUUCUUUAAUUGGUACUACUUGACCUUAACCAUGGUUCUCAUCUUUUCGCAUACCGUGGUGGUCUACUUACAAACUUUCAGUUGGGUCAUCGGGUUUAGCAUCCCGACCGGUUUAAUGGCUUGUGCGGUGGUUCUGUUCUUUGUCGGUAUGCGGUUUUACGUGUAUGUCAAACCCGAAGGUAGUGUUUUCUCUGGUAUUGCUCGGGUCAUCGUGGCAGCUCGUAAGAAACGGAACCUCGAGAUUCCGCCAGUUGAUGAUGGGACGGUGGAGUAUUAUGAGCCGCCGGUGAAACAUGGCGUGUUAUCCAAGUUACCUCUAACUGACCAAUUCAAGUUUCUGGACAAAGCGGCGGUUAUAGGAGAGGGUGAUCUUACAUCUGAAGGAGUUCCGGCAAAUAAGUGGCGGCUAUGUAGCGUCCAAGAAGUUGAAGAGGUCAAGUGUCUGAUCAGAGUCGUUCCGGUUUGGUCUGCUGGAAUAAUCUCAAUCGUUGCAAUGACCACACAAGCAACUUUCAUGGUCUUUCAAGCUACGAAAAUGGAUCGACACAUGGGUCCACACUUUGAGAUCCCGGCUGCUUCCAUAGCCGUCAUUUCUUACAUCACUAUAGGCAUUUGGGUGCCUAUCUACGAACGUCUCUUAGUCCCGUUCCUAUGGCGAAUCCGAAAGUUCAGGUUCACUCUCCUUCAACGGAUGGGGAUAGGGAUCGUCUUCGCCAUUCUCUCCAUGUUCACUGCAGGGAUUGUAGAGGGAGUGAGGCGGACAAGGGCUACUGAAAUGACUCAAAUGUCAGUCUUUUGGCUGGCUUUGCCACUGAUUCUGAUGGGGCUCUGCGAGUCAUUUAAUUUCAUUGGACAGAUCGAGUUCUUCAACAGUCAAUUUCCAGAGCACAUGAGAAGCAUAGCGAAUGCGCUAUUUCCACUAUCAUUUGCUGCCGCUAAUUAUCUGAGCAGUCUGCUGGUGACCACCGUGCAUAAAGUUUCAGGCACAAAAGACCAGCCGGACUGGCUGAACAAGGACCUUGAUAGAGGGAAAUUGGAUUACUUCUACUAUCUGAUUGCCUGUUUGGGUGUGAUUAACCUUAUGUAUUUCUGGUACUGUGCACGAAGAUACCAGUAUAAAGCCGGUUCACAAAUAGAAGAUUUCAAGGAGGAGAAGCCUUUUCUAGACAUAGAACCAAACCAGAGACACGAUCAAUAGCCAAAUUAGAAUCCAUAGGCUAAUAUCGUUCCUGCUGUUUGGAUAUGUUAUAAUAUUAUUUGACUAUCGCUUUCAUGGGAAAAAAAUCAAUAGUUGACAUGUCG